AUGGGAGUUCAAGAAUCCGAGGAUCCAAGCAUAGAGGUGGCAUUGCAAUCCAAAAUCUCUGAAAUCACAUUUCCAAUGGCCAUUUCAAGUUCUCCAGAUUGGUCAGUACCUUCCAUUAACUCUUGCAGAAAGCCCCACAGUAUUAUCUUCACUCAAACAUGCAAAAACCUUCACUUUCUCCCUCUCCCAUGCUUCAGUCUUCCUGUUCUUCACGUGAGUUCUUCAGGUUGUUCAUCCCCUAUUCUAGAAGAAGAGCAAUCCACAGAUUUUCCUGUCAUCCAACUGGACUUGAGACUUGAAGAUCCUCAACACCUUCCAAUUCCAGAUCAUGCAGAGAAGUUGAAUGAUUUUUUAUGUGGGGUCCUGCUAGAUCAAAAGACUGAAGAACUAGCAUACGAGUACUACAAGAAAGCAAAAGAAAGGCGAGAAUUUAGGCCAGAAAGACCAAUGCUAAAGCUUCUAAUAAGGUACUUGAUACAAUCAGAGAGGUGGGGUUUGGUUUUGUCACUGGCUGAUGAUUUUAAAAAGUACAAUGUGUUGCCAGAUGGUUUUACUUUUUCAAAUCUGGUUAGUUGUUGCAUUAGAGCUAGAAAAUUCAAGAUUGUAGAGAAUUUACUUGAAAUCUUUAAAUCUGAUUGUAAAUUUGCUGUUUUGGCUUUUGAUUCAGCAAUGAAAGGGUAUAAUAAGCUACAUAUGUAUGGAAGCACAAUUUCUGUACACGAAAAGAUGAAAUUAGCAGGCAUUCCUUUGGAUUCUAGGUGUUAUUGUCAGAUAAUGAAGGCAUAUUAUAAAUUAGGUGAUGCAGAGAGAGUUGUUGCAUUGUUCAAUGAGUUUGAAAGUAGAAAAUUAGAUCCAAAACCAAUGAUCUUAAGUCAAAUAUACAAGAUACUAUGCGUAUCAUUGGGGAGAUCAGGCCAAGCUUUUCAAGCUCUUGAAUACUUUAGAGACAUCAGAAAGAAAGGGAUUUUGGAGGACUCUUCAAUAUACUCUUCCUUAAUCUGUUCAUUUGCAAAUAUUCGAGAAGUCAAGAUAGCUGAGGAGCUGUUUAAAGAAGCUCAAGGGAAGAGAAUGUUAAGGGAUCCUGAAAUAUUUUUAAGGCUUGUUUUGAUGUAUAUAGAAAAAGGGGAAAUAGAGAAGACGAUUGAGAUUGUUAAGGGAAUGAAGGGUACUGCUAAACUGAAGGUGUCUGAUUGCAUUUUCUGUGCAAUUGUCAAUGGCUUUUCAAAAAGGAGAGGGUUCCAUGCAGCUGUUAAGGUUUAUGAGGAGUUGAAAGACGAUGGCUGUGAACCAGGACAAGUGACAUAUGCUUCUGUAAUAAAUGCCUAUUGCCGAGUUGGGCUUUAUUCUAAAGCUGAAAUGGUGUUUCAUGAGAUGGAAGAAAAGGGGUUUGACAAAUGUGUUGUGGCAUACUCUAGCAUAAUCUCAAUGUAUGGGAAAACAGGUAGGCCAAGAGAUGCAAUGAGGCUCGUAGCAAAGAUGAAACUAAAAGGUUGUGAACCAAAUGUGUGGAUAUACAAUUCUUUGUUGGACAUGCAUGGAAGAGCCAGGAAUUUAAGGCAGGUGGAGAAGCUGUGGAGGGAAAUGAAGAGAAGGAAAGUGGCACCAGAUAAAGUGACUUAUACUAGUGUUAUAAGUGCUUAUAACAAGUCCAAGGAGUAUGAGAUGUGUGUGAGGUAUUACCAUGAGUACAGAAUUAAUGGGGGUGUGAUUGAUGGGGCUAUUGCAGGAAUUAUGGUUGGUGUUCUCUCUAAAAUUAGUCGGAUUGAUGAGUUGGUGAAGCUUUUAAGGGACAUGAAAUCUGAAGGAACCCCAAUAGAUGAGAGGCUUUAUAGAUCUGCUACGAAUGCAAUGAGGGAUGCUGGACUGGAUGUUUAA